GCAUGCGCAGAGAUUGGUCGCUUUGAGUGUACGUCAUGGAAUUCGGCGCUGACCGGUGACAGUACUGUUUGGUGUUGGGAAGUAAAGAGAGGUGACAGAGCUGCUGAGGCGCCGAAUGUGACUGGAGAUCAUCGGAAAUCGGUAAUGAGCCAGCAAUAUGAGUUGUACAAUCGAGAAGGUUCUGUCAGAUGCAAGAUCCCUGGUGGAAAGGUUACGCGAACAUGACAGUGCCGCAGAGUCUCUUAUCGAACAGACAACCGUUCUCAACAAACGGGUGGAGGCAAUGAAACAGUACCAAGAGGAAAUUCAGGAACUGAAUGAGGUUGCGAGACACCGACCGCGAUCUACGCUGGUGCUAGGAAUCCAGCAGGAGAAUCGUCAGAUCAGGGAACUUCAGCAAGAAAACAAAGAGCUUCGAACUUCCUUGGAAGAACACCAGUCAGCACUGGAGCUGAUUAUGAGUAAAUACAGAGAGCAAAUGUUCAGAUUAUUGAUGGCAAGCAAGAAGGACGACCCCAGUGUUAUUGUCAAACUGAAAGAGCAGCACGCCAAGACAGGAAGUGAUGUAAUUUCUACGCUGAUGCAGCCUCCAGAUUCCAGGCAUAGCUGCAAUUUCCAAUUCAAUGAUGACAUCACAGAUUUUAUCAAGGACUUGCAGACUCAUGUAGACAAAAUUACGGAGAUGACGGCAGUGAUGAAACAUGCAAUUGAAAUUGAUGAACAAUGUGGUGACCAGGAAUACGACAGGAUCCUCAAACUCGAGAAAGAGAACAGAGGCUUGCGAGAGAUUCUCCAGAUCACCCGGGAAUCCUUCCUGAAUCUCAGAAAAGAUGAAUCUCUAGACAGCUCCUCCCUUUCUACCCUAGUCAACAGCACGGACCAUAAUUUACGGAAAAGCUGAGGCCCCGCCUACUUCCGUCUGGAUGGAAUAGAGCCUAUUAAAGGAACAACAAGCCAAAUUCUGUGAAAUCUGAUUUUUAAAGUUACUGCUGUCCUCUACUGGUACACUGGAAAACUGACGAUUCACCGGGGGCCUGGACCCGCAGGAAUCCCUGUAUGUUUCACACAGAACCGGCAGCCUGCAAGAUUAUUUUACUGCUAGCCAGAGUUGGCAUAAGUUAUUUAUAGGGCAUUGUAGAGUUCACUGAUAUUUUAGCUUUGGGGGGGGAAACGUUAAUUCUGAAGCGCUAUUUUUUAAAGAAUCGUGUAGAUAAAUUAUGAAGUAUUUUUAUAUCAUGGGUACGGAAAUGUUAUGAGUGCAAGAUGGUCAUUACAUUCCUUCAAAUAUGCUGUCAGUUCUGUAUGUUAUAGGGGGAUUAAUGAGCCUAUAAAUCAAAAUUGCUCUAAUUCUGACAAAGUGGAAUUAUACUUUUUUUUAUUUUGCAGUCGUGAAUGAAAGUUUUCGAAAAUCCUUUUUUUUUUUUUUCUGUUUGUGUGACCUUUGGAGAGAUUUCUUCAUUUAUUCUCACUUCCUGUCCUGAAGGGCAACUAAAAGUGAGGGGGUGUCCCACCUUUUGACAGCUGUCCCCAAAAGUUGUGUCCCUAUUAAACAAUUUACCAUCACCUCUUGGGAAAACUCUCCAAAGUGAAUGGAAUCCUCUUUUAGAUCGUGUUGCUGGCCAGGUUUGCCCAUAUUUCUGUUCUGGUUAAAGUUAUAGUUAUAAAAUGUUUGAUUUUUUUUUUCUCGCAUUCAUAAUCGGGUGACAGCUGUCCCAAGGGCAGGAAGUGUAGUUGGAGCACAGUCAUUGUUAAAAAUUGAGGAGAGACUCUAACCCUUCAGUUGGCGAGUAAGAAGUCCUUUGGCUCCCUUGGUGGGGGAUUGCCCCUUUUGAGGUUGGCACUGUCCAGUCCUUUGCCAGGGCCUCUUGGUGGAUAACACACUCCCAGCCUGACAAAUAACAGUACUGAAAUGGUGGCACCUUGUACAGUACUGAAAUGGUGGCACCUUGUAAGUUCCUAUGUUAGUUAGUUAGUAAUGCUUCCCCUGGCAUCUUAGGCCGAGCCCUCUCCCCCAUCAUUCACCAUCAGAUGCCAGAGCAUCAGCAGGCAGUACAAGCUCUGGUGCUUUAAAACUUUAGUUAUCAGUACAGAUUUGCUUUAGAAGUCAAAUCUACCUAACCCAGAUUUUGGUUCUGGGUUGGCAGUGAAAGGUUGAAGCUCCUGCGUCCCCCACCCCCCUCACCGUUUUCCUUAUAAUGCUUCAUUGGCAGGAUACCUUAUUGGAAUUCAGGGUAUCUCUGCCCCCUCCUACCCAGACAUGACAAAGCUGUCAUUCUCUGGCAGCUGCACCUUCCCAGUUAUUGGAGUCAAUCAUAAAUGUUGGGCUUAUUAUUGUCUCAGCAACCAAGUAGAUCUGGGACUUCUGGUUGGGAAAUGUCACCACUGGUGCCUCAGAGACAGAAGAAGUUGCCAGGAAAUUCAGCUUGUCAGCAACCAUCCCAUUUGUAAUGAGAAAUACAUAGGCUAUUACUGAACUCCCCUUUAAUGCAGGUUGCUGACUGAUCUAAAAUCUUUUGUUGUGUACCGUUAACAAAGAUGCAGCUCAGAAGUUCACUUGCUGCAUGCUUGUUUUAGGACAAUAACUCGGAAAUAACUGUAGCCAGGCAGCUGGCAUUUUCAGGAGGAGACCAGUUAUGGUAUCCAACAUAUGUCUUUCGAUAUAGGUUUCCUUUUAUAGUAUGUUACAGCUGAAGUAUGUAAACCCCAACAAUGAUUUUCUCUCAUUUGCCAUCUUUUAGUCUGUAAAAUAUAUAAUUGCUUAUAACAAGCAGUGUGAUCACCCUGCCACAUUCAUAGAAAUUGGGGGCACGCUGUUAAAAUUCAACACUGAAAGCUUGAUUUAAAAUGUAACUUCUUCAAUAAAGCCCAGAAUUCUACAGUG